AAUCAACAAAUCCUCCAUGUUGGAUGAGGCGAUAACAGCUUGUAUACUUUUCUAAAAUCCAGUAAAAAGAAAUCACAUUUUUGGCUUUCCUAGAUCACCUCAGAAAUACCCUGAUGCCGAGUGAUGCAAUAGAAAAAGAUCGACCUGGCAAAGUGUUUGUGGGUGGGUUACCAACAGAUGUAGACGAAAAGGCAUUGGAAGAAAAAUUUUCUAAAUUUGGCCGCUUGACAGAGACAAUUUUGAUCAGAGACAAAGUAAAUAAUAAAUCAAGAGGAUUUGGUUUUGUCACAUUUGAAAAUCCAUUGGAUGGUGAAGACGCAGUGAAGACUUUAAACGGACAGGAACUUAAGGGCAAAACUAUCCACGUAGAACAGGCAACUAAGCCACAUAGAGCAAGGCCAAGUCGUAACUCGUCUGAUCGAAGUAAGGCACGCAGCAGGUCUCCAGUUAGAAGACGCUCAGUCUCUGACAGAGACAGAAGAAUGAGGGCACCAAGACCAGGAGGCCCCACAAGGGGUGGCAGUUCAAUGGGGCCACGAAGAGGAAGUGGUGUUGACAGACGUGGUGGAGGUGGAAGUUACAGAGGUAGUCGAGGGGCCCCAAGGGGGCGUGGAGGAUACAGUGGUGGAAGUUCCUACAGCUCUUACAAUAGAGAUUCAUUUGAGGAUCGAAAACCGAUGGGGAUGAAAGGUGGGAUGGACAGAUCAGAGAGACCAAUGUUUGGAUCAGGCCCAAGAAGGGGACCUCCUCAAUCACACGAUAGUCCACCAAGGCGAGGUGAAGGAGAGAGGUAUGCAGGCAAUAAUUUUGACCGAAUGGAGAGAAUGGACAGGAUGGAUAGACAAGAGAGGAUGGACAGAGGAGCACCGCCCCGUAGGGACUCAUACCCAUCACCGACACGUGACUAUGGUCGGGGUCCUCCAGUCGACAGUCGCAUGCCCCCCAGUCGUGGGUCAGCUAGAGAUUAUUCACAGAACUCACGAGAUUACCCUCCUCCCACUAGGGAAUACUCACCACCUGCCCCAUCCAGGGACUACCCCUCCAGGGAUAGUUACAGCAGCUAUGACCGAGCUCCUGGUCCCCGGGAUAGAGCCCCACCAGCAGCACGUGACAGAGCCCCUGCCAGCACAAACUAUGAAUAUUCCAGAGAAUAUGGAAUGACAAGUAGUAGAGAUACCUACAGUAGUGCAGCCCCCAGUAGAAGCAGCUUUGGAGCUCCAAGUAGGGAACCUAUACUGACACCAAGAGAUGAAUACAGUAGUGGUCGUGAUUCCUUCCGAUCAGAACCAGCCAGUAGAGAGUAUGGACUUUCAAGUAAUACCUAUUCAAGAGACUUCAGUUCAAGUAGAACAAUAUCUUCUAGAAGUGAAUAUGAUCGAGGUCCUCCACCAUCUAGAGAAUAUGAUUCUUAUAGAGAAAAUGGACGUCAAAGUGGUCCACCAUCACGACCAAGUGGGCCUCCUAGCCGUGGUUUCGGUGGUGCAAGUGGUUCAGGCAGAGACAAUGGAAUAUCAGGAAGACCGACGUCCUCUCGAGGAGGACCGUACAAUUCCCCAACAUCCCAUGGACUCCCUACAUCACGGGGUCCUCCCCAAAGGGGACCACCAAGUGGUUCCCGAGGAGCCCCUCCUAGAGAGGACAGGAGUAGGGAUGGAUUUGGGGCUGGAAGUAGGCGCCCUCCACCAUCAGACUCACGAGGACCCCCCAUGAAAAGACCACGCCCGGGCGUUCCGUCAAGGGGAGGUGGUCCUCCCUUCAGGCGAUGAAACCAGGAUUAUUGAAAGUCAGAGUUAGGGAAAAUAAAAGACAUUGUCUAUUUCAAGAGUAAAAUCUAUCAUCAUGUGAAUUUUAUUGUAAAACUAACUUGUGGCUCUUGAAUUAGAAAUUUUAAUUCUUUUUUAUAUCCAUUGUUUUUAUUUUAAUGGUCAUAAUAAGUUGUUAUGGAAAUUUUACUCAUUGGUUCAGUCAUGGUCAAAAAACCGCUUGACAGAGACGGAAACACAAGGAGUUAAUGAUAAACAGAAAAAGUAAAAUAAUGGAGAACUAUCUUUAAUAAGAUAUAAUCUUGGUGUGUAAGAUAAUUUUUAUGCAUAGAACUGUUGUAACAUUUAUCAUUCAAUAUUGGUCUUGUGACUGUCAACUUCAUUAUGUAGUAAAACAUUAGAAAUAAAUGGAUUGUCUUCAUGUACAAACAA